AUGAGCUUGCUCACGCUGCUGGUGUUCCUGGCCCACUGGGGAGUCGCCAGGGCUGGAACGGGGAGGUUCUGGCACAUCUCGGACCUGCACCUUGACCCUGACUACAAGGUGUCCACAGACCCCCUCCAGGUAUGCCCAUCAGCUGGCUUCCAGCCAGUGCACAACGCAGGCCCCUGGGGCGACUACCUCUGCGAUGCUCCCUGGGCCCUCAUCAACUCCUCCGUCUACGCCAUGAAGGAGAUCGAACCCGAGCCAGACUUCAUCGUCUGGACGGGGGAUGACACCCCUCACGUGCCCGACGAGAGGCUGGGAGAGGCGGCGGUGCUGGGCAUGGUGGAACGCCUGACCCAGCUCAUCAGAGAGGUCUUUCCAGACACCAAAGUAUACGCUGCUUUGGGAAAUCACGACUUUCACCCCAAAAACCAGUUCCCCGCGGGGAGCAACGCUAUCUACGAUCAGAUAGCGGAACUGUGGAGACCCUGGCUCAACAACGAAUCCAUCGCUCGCUUCAAAGAAGGCGCGUUCUAUUCUGAGAAGCUGCCGGGGACCGCGGGGCGCAUCGUGGUCCUCAACACCAACCUGUACUACGCCAGCAACGAGCAGACGGCCGGCCUGGCCGACCCUGCCCAGCAGUUCCAGUGGCUGGAAGACGAGCUGAGCCACGCGUCCAGCGCUGGGGAGAUGGUGUACAUCCUCGGCCACGUGCCCCCGGGGUUCUUCGAGAAGAAAAUGCACAAGAUGUGGUUCCGGGAGGGAUUCAAUGAGAGGUACCUGCAGGUGGUCCAGAAGCAUCACCGCGUCAUCGCGGGGCAGUUCUUCGGGCACCACCACCUGGACAGCUUUCGGAUGUUCUACGACGAUACAGGCGCCCCCAUCAGCGUCCUGUUCCUCACCCCGGGGGUCAGCCCGUGGAAAACCACGUUACCCGGCGUGGUGAACGGGGCCAACAACCCGGGCAUCCGGCUGUUCGAAUACGACCGGGCCACGCUGAGCCUGCGGGACGCGAUGACUUAUUUCCUGAACCUGAGCCAGGCGAACGCUGCUCAGGGGACGGCGCGCUGGGAGCUGGAGUACCAGCUGACCCGGGCCUACGCGGUGCCCGAUGCGGGCGCCCGCUCCAUGCACCAAGCGCUGGGCCGCAUCGCGGGCGACCCGGGAGCGCUGCAGCGUUACUACGUGUACAACUCGGUCAGCUACGACACGCGGGCCUGCGACCAGGGGUGCCGCGCCGAGCACGUGUGUGCCAUGCGCGCCGUGGCCUCGGACGCCUACGCCGCCUGCCUGCGCGCCCCCGCCGCCGCGCCUGCGCCCGGGCUCCGGCUCCCGCUGCUGCUAGCGGUGCAGCUCGGCCUGAGCGCAUGGCUCGCCUGGUGA